AUGGAAGACCGGCUUGAGGAGGCAUCUUUAGAGGAGUUCCCACAUAUAUCAGUGGAAAAUGUAAUGAACUGCUCUUUUUCUGCUUGGCGUACAUACUGUUCUGCGGUUACUCCUAAUGCACGUGUUAUUCGUCUCUCUGAUGAGGCAUUUCUUUAUUAUCUUGGCCAAGAUGGACUUAUUUUACCGCCUAUUUCCUCAAAAUAUAAUGAAGAUAGUGAAAACAAUGUUGAAGAUGCCAUUUUAAAUAGUGUUCAAGAUAAUGCUUCGGAUUGUAGUUUUUCAGAUAACUCAUCAGGCGAUAUUCAUAUUAAUACUUCUGAUUGUGUUGCUCCAUUUCGAUCAUUGGAUCAAGAGAUUACAUGUGUAAUUGCUACUUUAGGUGGUGCAGUUUUUCCUAAACUUAACUGGUCAGCGCCAAAGGAUGCUGCAUGGAUUACAUCAACGCGGACUUUGCGCUGUACAACUUCUUCUGAUGUUUAUUUAUUGCUUAAGAGUUCGGACUAUAUCACACAUGAUCUGUAUCAUGCUUUUGAUGAUUGUUGUUCGCCUGGUCCGCCAUCGCACUUUCAACAUGAACUUGUAUUGAAACAAUGGUUUAAUGUUCAUCCAUCAAUGGAAUUUCGUUGUUUUGUUAAACAGCGUUGUCUUAUAGGUAUUUCUCAACGUGAUUUAAAAUAUUAUGAUUUUCUUGAGUCAUUACGUCCUGUAAUUCUUUCUCUUUCAAUAGAAUUAUUUGAUCUUUAUUUGAAAGACAAAUUUCCUGAUGAAAAUUUUAUUUUUGAUAUUUAUAUACCACCGUCAAAGACAAAAGCUUGGUUAAUUGAUAUUAAUCUCUGGCACUACAGAACUUCUUCCCUCUUAUUUUCCUGGAAAGAACUGCUGGGCGACUCAUUGUGCUUUAACAAUAGUCAUUUACUUCCCCAGCUUCGUCUUGUUGAUAUAGAUAGUUCGCUUUGGGGACCUUCACAGUUUAUGACACAAAGAAUUUCGGAUGAUUUACUAAAAGCAAAUACACAAAAUAUUGAUAUCGAAGAAUACAUAAAAAAGCUUCAUAUUACUACAGAUGCUACCAACAAUAAAAGAUCUUGA